AUGGGGGAGCAGAAGCAAAAGUCUGAAGGAAACCUAAGAGCAACUGCCAGCAUCACCCCUAAGUGUGUGAGCCCUGAAUGCCGUUUCCAUGGAGUUGCUCCUUCUCUGGGGCCAGUGAUGCCAAAUCCAGCAAAGGAGAAGUACCCUGAAGAGCUCACAGAAGGGCAACCUAGCAACCUGUCCUUGAGCCAGGAAAUGAAAGAGCUAUAUCAGCAACAGAGAGCUGUGGGAGAAGGGAAGAGAUGGGGUAGCAGCAAACUCACGGAUGAAAGGGAAAAGGGCCCAGUCCGUGCGUCCGAGCUGCACUUGACGCCGUGCCGCCUCCCGCGCCUGUCUGCCGCAGCCCCCGCCCGCCGGCCCGCCGGCCAACCGGCCCGCUCCCCCUUCUUGCUAGCAGUAGCUUCGGGGCCGGAGGCUGUGCGGCGAGGCCGCCCCCUCGCCCCGCUGAUUGGCCGCGUCGCCCGGCCCGUCACGCUCUUUUGUCUCAGUCGCCAGAGACUGAAAGCAACCGCGGCUGCCCGGAGGGCCGAACUGGAGGGUGGGCGCAGCCUUGGCUGCCUUGGGAACCGUGCUGCCUCGACUCGGCUACCCCUCGCUGGGCGGUCGUGCGCACUCGCUAGGUCGGGCAGCCCCGGGUCGCUUAGCGGCCGAGGAGGCGCCAGAGAUCCCGUUCCCCUGCAGAGCUAUGGGGACCGGAAGGCGAAACAGAGCUGUGGACGCGGGAGCACAUGCUGCCCACCAGUGGAGCACAGGUCAUCAAAGCCGAAUCCGAACUUGAAUUCUGUGCGGCGGAUUGCAGAGCUGGUAGGGCGAGGGUCUCCCGGAGGAAAUGUAAGGGGGAUGAGCGGGAGUGCAGGAGGCACUUUGGCUUGCGUUCAGAAGAUGGGAGAGGGAAUUUUCCGCCUGGCGACAGUGGAGGCGGUGGAGGGGAGGUAUCAGGUUUUCAGAUGAAGCUGCUUCCAACCCUUCCUUUCCCUCCUUCGCGGCACAGUCUUGAGGCCCUGAGGACUGGGAUCUGCGACACCCAGUGGACAAAAGUCGGCCGUACCCCAGAGGCUAAUUUUCUCACGGCAGGCACCUGUUGCAGAGGCUGCAAGUAAAAUAAAGGCGAACGCUAGUUUCCGAGCUCAUGUAAGAAUCUGAGAAAUAACGGGGGAAACGUUGACAAGGGGGUGUGAUUGAGACCUGAGGCCAUGAGGUUAAUGGUUUCUUAUUACCAUAAAUCUGUGACACACAACCAUUGAGUUCCGUUUUGAGGGCCCAGUAUCAGCUCCCAACACUAUGUCAUCUAGAAUUAGAAGCAACAGUUGUCGCCCCUCCUGGAGUACAGGCAGGAGGGGAUGGAUGUGGCUCUGAAAAACUACCUACUAGCCCAGGGACACCUGCUAGCUCUGGAAUGUUGUAAUUGCCAGUCUCCUGCAGGGUAUUGUUAAGGCACUGGGCAGAUAUAAAAUGCACUGCAAGGCUAUUCAGGAAGAUAGAGAAUGCUACUGCAGACUGCUUCCCCACAGCCCACUAUCUUAUUAACCUUUUUUACUUUCCUUAGAAUCCCUACUGAAAUAUAAGGCAGGCACAGCCCAGGAACGUUGCUUUGGAGAAUCCUGCAGAUAAGGCUUUUCCAAAAAGCGCGAGCAUCUUGUUGUAUUCAGAUACCCUAUCGUCGUCAGUUAUGGCUAGCAUCACUGCGUGUGUGGGUAACAGCAGGCAGCAGAAUGCACCUUUGCCGCCUUGGGCCCAUUCCAUGUUGAGGUCUCUGGGGAGGAGUCUCUGUCCUUUAGUGGUCAAAAUGGCAGAGAGAAACAUGAAGUUGUUCUCAGGAAGAGUGGUGCCAGCCCAGGGGAAAGAAACCUUUGAAAACUGGCUGAUCCAAGUCAAUGGGGUCCUGCCAGAUUGGAGUAUGUCUGAGGAGGAAAAACUCAAGCGCUUGAUGAAAACACUUAGGGGCCCUGCCCGGGAGGUCAUGCGUUUGCUUCAGGCGGCCAACCCCAACCUAAGUGUAGCAGAUUUCUUGCGGGCAAUGAAAUUGGUGUUUGGGGAGUCUGAAAGCAGUGUGACUGCCCAUGGUAAAUUUUUUUAACACCCUGCAGGCACAAGGGGAGAAAGCCUCCCUUUAUGUGAUCCGUUUAGAGGUGCAGCUCCAGAAUGCUAUUCAGGCAGGCAUCCUAGCUGAGAAAGAUGCAAACCAGACUCGCUUGCAACAGCUUCUUUUAGGCGCUGAGCUGAAUAGGGACCUGCGCUUCAGGCUUAAGCAUCUUCUCAGGAUGUAUGCAAAUAAGCAGGAGCGGCUUCCCAAUUUCCUGGAGUUAAUCAAGAUGAUAAGGGAGGAAGAGGAUUGGGAUGAUGCUUUUAUUAAACGGAAGCUGCCGAAAAGGUCUGAGCCAAUAAUGGAGAGGGCAGCCAGCCCUGUGGCAUUUCAGGGCGCCCAGCCAAUAGCAAUCAGCAGUGCUGACUGUUAACUGCAACGUGAUAGAAAUAGAUGAUACCCUUGAUGACUCUGAUGAGGAUGUGAUCCUGGUGGUGUCUCUGUACCCUUCACUGACACCUACAGGUGCCCCUCCCUUCAGAGGAAGAGCCAGACCUCUGGAUCAAGUGCUGUUUAUUGAUUCCCCCAACAAUUCUGGGGCUCAGUCUCUUUCUACCAGUGGUGGUUCUGGGUAUAAGAAUGAUGGUCCUGGGAAUAUUCGUAGAGCCAGGAAGCGAAAAUACACAACCCGCUAUUCAUAUUGUGGGGAGGAGGGCCACUCAAAAGAAACCUGUGACAAUGAGAGCAACAAGGCCCAGCUUUUUGAGAAUCUGAUCAUCACCCUGCAGGAGCUGACACAUACAGAGGAGAGGUCAAAAGAGGUCCCUGGAGAACACAGUGAUGCUUCUGAGCCACAGUAAGGAUCUAGUCCAGCCCUAAAUGAGUCCUUGACUGUAUUCAGAGUCUGGUAAUGGGAAUAACAGGAGAGGGGGGUGGGUUUCUAACUGCAUGAAUUAAUCCACAAAGCAGUUUUCCUUUGGGAAGGAGAAGAGGUCUUGCAUACCAGCACAGUGGAUGGGGAGUGGUGUGACCUCUGUCCCUGCUCUCUUCUCUGCUGGCUUAAGGGUCUAUUCUCCAUGUGUCUAUUUCUUUGAUGACUUUAUACUUUUUAUGAAAGGAGCAUCUUUUCAUUAAACCUUCAAAAAUAAAGGAAGAUACAAAAACUAAAGUACAAAUUACCUGAAACUCAGCACCCUUUUGUAACCAUUGUCAGCCCUUUGGUGAAUGUCCUUCCAGAUAUCUCCCUGUACCUGUGUACCCAGAUAGAUAUAUGUAUAGAUAAGAGUGACCAAAUAUAAGUGCUGUUCUAUACUGUGUAUUUUUCACCAAAUAAUGUAUCUCGUGGACUUCUAUGUCGAUGAAUAUAUAUAAAUAUCUAACUUCA